CCUUGCAUUCCAGGGCAGCCGGUGGCGGAGUUGAGAGGCCUGGUAGCUGUAGGCCGUGGAGACCCCGGUGGCAUGAGGCGGCAGGAGGCGCUGGUGGUGACCGCAGGGACAGCCUCGGAGGCGGGCCGCGAUGGGGAGCAGCCUAGGCCCGCAGGGCUGGGGUGCCGCGCGCGUGCUGAGCCUGGAGGCCCCCAAGAGUCUCGCCAACAAUGGAAGACGUUUCUAUACUGUGAGCCUCAUAGGAGAAUCAAGGAGGUUUUGGAAGAAGAACUUUCUAUCAAGAGGGAUGAAUGCCAUGUGAAAAGCCCACCUGCAGUGGCCCUGGAUGGAAUCUGGAGCAUUCGAAGGAAUCUCCCCGUGGGAGGCAUGAUACCAGGACAGCAGAGCAGAAACAGCUCACUCCCACAAGCCAAGUACUACUCGAGGCACGGAGGACUUAGAAGAUAAAAUGGACACCUUUUCACAGAGAUGGAACUUCAUUCACCUAAUGUCCAAAGACAGAAGAAACUCAGCCUUGUUUCUCAAUUAAAAUGUAUGGGACAAAAAAAAAAGGUUUCACCCUGUAAUACCAAUAUGUAAGUCAGUCCAAAGCCAUGAAAUACUAUUGGAAAAAUAUGCUAAGAAAAAUACACUUGUUUUUAUAGUUCUCACAGUUGGGAUGUAUUAGGCUUCUGUUCAGCUUAUUCUAUUAAAUAUAUCUAACAAAAAUCACAGCUCUUUUUCGUUUCAA